GACUCCAGGCAACCACCAGCUGUAGAUAUGGCGGAUGACCUGGAUGAGCUGCUGGACGAGGUGGAAAGCAAGUUUUGCAAAAAUAUUUCAGUGACGACAUCACAUUCCACCAGAGAGGAGGAUGGCCUGAGCAGCACAACAAGCCCGACCAAAAGGAAGACCGAAGUGAAAAAAGUGACUUCAGAAACAUACUCUGAUGAUGACAUAGAUGACCUUAUUGAAGAAUUGUUUGAUGACGACGACAGUCUUUGUGUACAGCCAGUUAAAACUAAAGCAACAAGUCAUUCUGCCAGCAGCUCAUCAUGUCAUGUAGCAAGCAGAAAGUGCUGUCCUGUAUAUCUUGGUGGCAGUUUUACAUCAUGUGGUGUAGGAACGAGCAUUUCGCAAAGGACAUGCAACCAGUUAAGAUGCACUGCCUGUGAUUUCCGUGUAGCAACAUUUGAUGAUUAUGAAUGGGACCAGUCAAGUGAUUAUUUAUUUUUUAGAAACAACAUGCCUGACUCUAACAAGCUAAAAGCAAAACUGGUCAGAAGAAGGGGGACACGAGCCUAUGCUUGUCAGUGCAGCUGGAGAUCAAUACAGAACAUGGUAGACCUCAAAACUGACAAAGAGCUUAAGUGGGUUUGUGGUAAACACACAGCAUGAAAGCCAUUGUUUAAUGUUUUAUAAUUAUAUGUAUAUGCAAUGAAGUGCACUACUUUGGUGAUACUUUGCAUCUCAAAGAUACAUGUCUGAAUUUAACAGUUGUAUUAGGAACACUUUCUAGUAGUAUAUGUUUUUGUCAAAAUUCUGUAGAUACUACAAUUUGCAUUAUGUUUCUUGCUGAGAAAAAUGGGAAUAUUGUGUGGUAAUAAGAGCUAAAUGGCUAGUUUCUUGACCCUGAUGCUUGUAAGUUUUAUGUUUCUUUUAAUAUGUUUUUCAAGGACUAAUAUUUGAAAAUUUAAGCAAAAAUAAUACCCAUAUAUUCCCAGUAAAUACCAUAGUAUCAAAUGUAUAACAAACAAUACAUUGUAGUUUUAAAAUGCUGUAUACUUAAGUAAAAAAAAAAAAAAAAAAAAAAAAAGGUGAUUUCUGUUGAUUUACACUGUACAUUACAUGUAAGAUCUUUGAAUUUAUUUGUUAAAUUGAAUUGUACUAAAUGUAAAAAUAUUCCCUUAAAUCACAAGGCUACCAUUUGGUCUUGUAUAUCUAUAUACAGUGGCCCCCUCCUCCACCAAACCACUAUCCCUUUAAUCCACUAUAUUUAUAGUUGGUCAAUAAUGUUAAUAUAUUUAUACACACUUUUUGACUCAUAAUCAUGAACCCGGUGUAGACUUAAAUGUCCAUAAGAUACCAUUAUUGAAAUAAAUAUUUUCUAAACA